ACAACUCAUCUUCAUUUAGCAAUUUCAUAGCUUUUAUCAAAAAUCCCCUAGAAAACAAUAGAACUCUCUUGUGGGAAUCAUCUGAUUUAAGUACGUCCAUCUAACAAAAUGGCUCUAAAUUAUGCUUCAGUCAUAUCUUUCUUAUUCAUGACCUUGGUGGCGGUUUCAUUUGCUCGUGAAUACCCCACCCCAGGGUAUAUGGCACCAUCGUACUCUCCACCAUCGUACUCUCCAGAGUACAAGGCACCAUCGUACUCUCCCGAGUACAAGGCGCCUAUUUAUAGCCCAACACCAGUAUACAAACCACCGGUUUACUCACCACCACAUGUGUAUGAGUCUCCAGAAUACACUCCAUCACCAAUGUACAAGUCCCCAACUUACCCACCUAUGUACAACCCAUCCCCGGUUUACAACUCUCCAGAGUACAAAUCUCCUGAAUACAACCCAUCACCAGUUUACAAAUCUCCCGAGUACAAAUCUCCUGUAUACACACCGUCACCGGUUUACAAAUCUCCUGAAUACACACCGUCACCGAUUUACAAAUCUCCCGAGUACAAAUCUCCCGAGUACACACCGUCACCAGUUUACAAAUCUCCAGAAUACACACCAUCACCGACUUACAAAUCUCCUGAAUACACAUCAUCACCGAUUUACAAAUCUCCCGAGUACAAAUCCCCCGAGUACAAAUCUCCUAAAUAUACCCUAUCACCAGUUUACAAAUCUCCAGAGUACAAAUCUCCAAAAUACACCCCAUCACCGGUUUAUGAAUCUCCAAAGUACAAGUCUCCAAAAUAUACCCCUUCACCAGUUUACACUCCACCAACAUACGGAUCUCCUUCAUACACUCCAUCACCAAUUUAUUGUGAUUAUUCCUACAACCCUACUCCAUCAUACAAGACACCAUCAUAUACCCCUUCCCCAGUUUACAAGUCGCCUGUGUACACUCCAUCCCCGGUUUACAAGUCGCCAAUUUAUACUCCAUCCCCAGUUUAUAAGUCACCAGUUUACACUCCAUCCCCUGUGUACAAGUCACCGGUUUACACCCCUUCCCCAGUUUACAAGUCUCCAGUUUACACUCCAUCUCCCGUGUACAAGUCGCCAGUUUAUACCCCUUCCCCAGUUUACAAGUCGCCUGUGUACACUCCAUCCCCGGUUUACAAGUCGCCAGUUUAUACUCCAUCCCCAGUUUAUAAGUCACCCGUUUACACUCCAUCCCCUGUGUACAAGUCACCUGUGUACACCCCAUCCCCGGUUUACAAAUCACCUGUUUUUACUCCAUCCCCGGUGUACAAGUCACCUGUUUAUACUCCAUCCCCGGUGUACAAGUCGCCCGUUUACACCCCAUCACCGGUUUACAAGUCACCUGUUUACACUCCAUCUCCUGUGUACAAGUCACCCGUUUACACCCCAUCACCGGUUUACAAGUCACCCGUUUACACCCCAUCACCGGUUUACAAGUCACCUGUUUACACCCCAUCACCGGUUUACAAGUCACCUGAAUACACUCCAUCCCCAGUUUAUAAGUCACCCGUUUACACUCCAUCCCCUGUGUACAAGUCACCUGUGUACACCCCAUCCCCGGUUUACAAAUCACCUGUUUUUACUCCAUCCCCGGUGUACAAGUCACCUGUUUAUACUCCAUCCCCGGUGUACAAGUCGCCCGUUUACACCCCAUCACCGGUUUACAAGUCACCUGUUUACACUCCAUCUCCUGUGUACAAGUCACCCGUUUACACUCCAUCACCGGUUUACAAGUCACCUGUUUAUACUCCAUCCCCUGUGUACAAGUCACCUAUUUACACCCCAUCACCGAUUUACAAGUCUCCAGCUUACACUCCAUCCCCUGUGUACAAGUCACCCGUUUACACCCCAUCACCGGUUUACAAGUCUCCAGUUUACACUCCAUCCCCUGUGUACAAGUCACCGGUAUACACUCCAUCACCGGUUUACAAGUCUCCAGUUUACACUCCAUCUCCUGUAUACAAGUCACCUGUUUACUCUCCUGCUCCGGUCUACAAAACCCCUACAUACACUCCAAGUCCUUCAUACGGCUAUUAAGAAAUUAAAUUACAUAGCUACAUGAUUGUUUAAAUUGUUUUUGCUGAAUUUUAUAAUAACUCCAAUUGAGGAGUCGGGUGAAGUUGCUCCGUUAUGUAUUGUAUUGCUUUAAAUUGAAAUGAAUAAAUAAUUAUUCUAUUUA